AUGCUCCAGGGCAGACCUGGGGCGUUACAAUUAGAAGAAAGCAUUUUGGAAGUGUUUUCUUUACGAAGAUUCACGCACUCUGCAUUUGCUUUAGGAUAUGAGGCAGGGAUUAAUAAGAGUACCAUCGACGGCAACCUUGUUCCUCCUGGAGCACUUGUUACAUUUAUUCAGAAAGGAAUUCAGUAUCUUGAACUAGAAGCAAACCUGAGUAAUGAUAAUUUGGACACGGAUGAAGAUUUCCAGUUCCUGCAUCCCCUUGAUCUUAUAACAAAAGAUUUUGAUGAACUUAGGAAGAUAAUAAAGGAGAAAAAAGGAAAUAUUCAGACUGAUAAAUCGAAGGGAAAGGAGAAAGAAAAUAUUGAAAAUGGUCUGGAGCAUGGCAAGGGAUCUUCGGUGGGAAAGGACAAGGAACUUGGAAAAGGUAAGGAUAAUGAGAGACAACAGAGGGAUAGAGAAAAAGAACGUAAUAGAGAUAAAAUGGAGAAAGAAAAAGAGAGAGAAAAAGCAAAAGAAAAGGAAAAGAUCUGUGAGGCUGCUGGCGGUGUAAAUCAUACUGGGGAUGACAUAAACAGCAGACUUGACGAGAAUGGAACUGGUGAAGGGCCCGAACCAAUGGAUAUCUGCAGUGGUUUAGUUUCCUUGCCUUGUGAAAUCCCAAACAGUGAUGUAACUGUUUUGCAAGGCCACACUUCUGAGGUCUUUGCUUGUGCAUGGAACCCUACUGGUUCUCUUCUUGCUUCUGGGUCUGGAGAUUCUACUGCUAGAAUUUGGACUGUUGAUGGACCAUCUAGCUCUAAUCUGGAAAAUGGGCCUUCGUCUGUUGUACUUAAACAUUGCAAGGGUAGAAUAAAUGAGAAAAGCAAAGAUGUAACGACACUUGAUUGGAAUGUUGAUGGAACAUUACUUGCUACUGGUUCUUAUGAUGGUCAAGCACGGAUAUGGAGUAGAGAUGGUGAGCUGAUUAGUACAUUAAAUAAACAUAAAGGGCCAAUAUUCUCUUUAAAGUGGAACAAGAAAGGGGAUUUCCUUCUUAGUGGAAGUGUGGAUAAAACGGCAAUCGUAUGGGAUGUUAAGACAGGAGAAUGGAGACAACAGUUUGAAUUUCAUUCAGCUCCUGCCCUUGACGUCGAUUGGCGAAACAAUGCCUCAUUUGCUACAUGCUCUACCGACAGCAUGAUAUAUGUUUGUAAAGUUGGGGAGAAUCGACCAAUUAAAAGUUUCGCCGGGCAUCAGGGUGAAGUUAAUGCUAUCAAGUGGGACCCCACCGGCGCCCUUCUAGCCUCGUGUUCUGAUGAUUCUACGGCAAAGAUAUGGACUACGAAACAGGACACAUGCUUGCUUGACUUGAAGGAACAUACCAAAGAGAUAUAUACUGUGAGAUGGAGUCCAACAGGGCCUGGGACCAAUAACCCUAAUAAGCAGUUGGUGCUGGCUAGUGCCUCAUUUGAUUCAACCAUAAAACUGUGGGAUGUGGAUGCCGGACGUCAGCUGCAUAGUUUAAAUGGACACAGGGACCCAGUUUAUUCUGUUGCGUUUAGCCCGAAUGGCGACUACCUGGCAAGUGGGUCACUGGAUAAAUGCCUGCACGUGUGGUCCGUGAAGGAAGCAAGGAUAGUGAGGACAUUCAGUGGCAAUGGCGGGAUCUUUGAGGUUUGUUGGAACAAGGAGGGCAAUAAAAUUGCUGCUUGUUUUGCAAAUAAUGUCGUGUGCUUGUUGGAUCUCCGUAUGUAG